GAGCAUUAGUGAUGCUUUGAAAUCAGUGGAAGUGCCUGGGUUUUAAGAGGCCUUCUGCUUUCUGUGUCUGCUGUUGUGGGGUUGAUGUGGCUCACAUCCCGCACAUGCCUCAAUGGAGAUGGUGCCCAGAGCUGUCCUGGGGAGGUAUGAGGCCACUGUCUGUUCUUUCUCCCUUGUCUUCCAAGGGCACACAGCACUGUGUGCUCAGCUGCAGACCUCACUGAGCGUGGUAGCUGAGUUAUGUCGGAUCUGCUUGUGUCUGAGCAGGGCAAGUGCUGUGGCUCUCUGCGUGUCCUGUAGGAUUGCUGUGCCUCCCAGCAACCAUCAGCAGAAGAGAAUGGUGGGGAGCAGCUCUGACUUGACCAGAGUGCAUGGCAGUUCUCCGCAUGCCACUGUUGAGCAGCAGGUUUGGGGUGAGGGCUUACAAAGGAGUUGGCAAGGGCUCAGAUCCUACUCAAUCCCAAACCAUGCUUCACUGCUGUGGCCUUUAAAAAAGCAGAUGACAGUGAGUAUUUCUCAAGAGUCCUUUGGAAAAACACAAGGUGACUCUGUGCUGCUAAAUAGGAGUGUCAGCAGCUCUGCUGGUGCCAGGCAGCACUGCUGGGGGGGGACAGAAAUGCUGGUAUUUCGGAGGCUGCGGCUGGUCCUGCAGUGAGCUCUGGCUGAGGAAACAUCAGUACUUGGACAUGUGUUGUGGAAGGAAAGUGGGCCUGGAAUCAUCACCCGUGUAUUCAAAGUCAGCUCGCUGUGUUGCACAGUCUGCGAGGGAGCUCCAAUGGGGUCUGGGCACUGAUUGGUCCUGGCUGAAAUGUGUCUCUGUCUCCAUCCUGUAUGACUCUCGUUUCUUCCUCUGUCAGAGCUCAGUGUGUUAUUUAAUGGGAGCCCCACAUCCAUUCAGCUCCAUUCAGCAGCAGUGUCGUUGCAUUCUUUGACUUUCUCUGAAAAAAUUCUAUAGAAUGAGUGAGUAAUGAACAAACAGGCUGUUCUGAUCGGGGUGCAGCAGCAUCUGACGCUGCCAUGUCACCGGGACGAGCAGUGUGUGGAGAGCUGUGCUUUGGCCACCCGUAAGGAGUACCAGCUCCUUAGAGGACCAGCAUCCAGAGGACCACAGGAGGUGCUCACUGAUGAGCAUGACUUGAGGUCACUGUGGCUGUUCAGAUCUGAGGGGACAGCAGGAUGGCACCAGGAUCAUGGUUCAGAAAUGCCUGCAGGAGCUCUGUGUGCCAAAUGCAGCCUGAGCUGUGAUGGUGGCUGCUGGCAGACAGUGGGAGAGCAGGAAAGGCUGUUCAGGCUGAGGAGCAGGUGGAGGUAAUCUGAGUACAAAUAAACCUAGGCUGAAAACUGCAAGGUUUCCCAUCCACUUAGAGCCAGGCUCUGCUCCUUCAGUUUAGAAGAACUCUGCAUUUUUGGCUGGGAGGGCCAUCUCCUCUGUCCAUCCCCAUCCUUUUACUGGUUACCAGCUCCUGUUGGGUCAAACGAUCUUGAGCCAGGUCCUCAAAGGACACGUAUGGAGCAUUUGUGUGAUUCCAUCAGACCUUCAGCUCAGGUCCCACUAAACUUAGCCCGAGUUGUCUGCGCAACUUUUCUCCCUCUGGGUGCUCACCUCCAGCUGUGCUGGGAUGCAGUGCUGGGAGCGAUGUGUGGGGUGAGCUCUGUCUGGCACCAGCCCUGUGCUGGGGAGCCCUGCACUCCUCAUGGAGCUCGUGAGUGGAAAUGGGCAGCAAUGGGCUUUGUGCUUCUUGCCCUGAGAUAAAAGAAAGCGUAGGAGGAAUGGCUUCUGAAAGGCUUAGAAGCAGCAGCAGGCUUUCCUUUCCUCCAGGGAAGGGCACACGCAACAUCUCACACUUUAUGGAUCUCUUUUAAUAAGCAGGAUGUUGCAUUAGGAGUGGCUGAGCACGAGCAGAGCAGCUCUGCGGCCCAUAAACAUCCUCCCUUCCUCUGACGGCCAUCCCUUCGGGCCAGGGGCAGCUGGUGUGGGAUGGUAACAACCGGUGUCAAACAUCAGCCUGUGCUCUGAGCUGGAGGCAGCAGCUCCUGGUGCCAGGCUCAGAACAAGUGCUGCAGCACAGGGCUGGCACUGCCCCUGGGGCUCUCCUGCAGGAGCCCCACGCAGGGCAGGAGGGCUGGCUGCCUUCAGAAGAACAAACCUUUUUCUUUACAUCCCCAGUGAAGCUAAAAGGGGCACGGCCCAGUUUGUGGCUUUGUAGGUCAUGGGAGGAGGAGAGCUCUGCAGCGCUUGGUGCGCUGGGGAUGGCUGCUUUGCUCCGCAUGGCAGCGCUGUGUGAGCCUCAUGCGGGCUGUGUGCCUGCUUUUAAGGAAGAAAACAGAGAGGAAGAUGACUCCCCAGCUGCCCCAGUAUUGUGAUUGGAAGCAGCGUGUCUGUAUCAUAAUAGUUAAUAACGCUGGGCAGAGGUAUUUCUCAGUAAAUACUGACAUCCUGGAGAGAUGCAGUGGCUGUCUGGGUUCUGCUCAGCUCCUCAGUGCACCGAGCUGGUCCCCGGGGCAGCAGCAGCACCGGGGCACUGCAGCAGCACAGUCCAUGUGCCCUGGCCUGCCGGGAACCAUUGCUGGGAGAUUUGGAUGCUGUGCUCAGCCCCUGGGGGAGCUCCAAGCACUGCCUCCCGGGCACUGACAGCAAUGUCACAGUGUCCCCUGCCCCGUGCUUGAUGGCAGCCUUCCCGAGCAGAGUGAACAGCCUCUUGGUAUGUUUCCCAAUUUAGUCACGUCCUACCAGCUGUAACUGAGCCAGAGUAAACAGGAAAAUCGGGUUGCUUGAUGUCACUGCACUUCCUUGGAGUGCCAGGCCCGCCUCUGGCUCCCAUCCCUGCUGGGUCCCCUGCACACGGGGUUGGGGCCUACGCCAUGCAUGCCGGGUGGUGCAGCAGCCCCAGCACUGCAGGAUCUGCAGGGGAAUCCCCAGCCCACAGGAUGAGAACUACCCCAGGCUGUGUCCCAGUCUCUGAGCAUGCAGGUUUGGUGGGGUAGGACAGUUUCCAGGGUGCACUGCUGAGAACUGGCAUUCCUACCUCUGGCAAAACUGCUGAGCUCCUUGCUGCAAGGAAGAGGCCGGGGCAGCCCUGAGCCAUGUCCAACGACCCUCCACCACCCUAUCCUGGAGGCCCCUCAGCACCGCCGAUAGAGGAGAAGCACGGCCCACCCCCUGCAACAGAUGGCAUCUCCCCAGCCAUGGUGCAGCCCCAGGGGGCUCCCAUCCCUCCUCCUGAAUUUGGACCCCCCCCGUAUGAGCCUCCACAGCCGGGCUUCGUGCCCCCACACAUGCCCGCAGAAGGCUCCGGGCCCUACAUGCCGCCUGCAGGUUAUUAUCCACCCCCAGGCCCUCACCCUCCCAUGGGCUACUACCCUGCCCCUGGCCACUACCCGUCUCCCAGCGGCCACACGGCGACAGUGCUCGUCCCUUCAGGGACUGCCACCACAGUGACCGUGCUGCAGGGCGAGAUCUUCCAGGGCGCCCCGGUGCAGACAGUGUGUCCUCACUGCCAGCAAGCCAUCACCACCAAGAUCACCUACGAGAUUGGGCUCAUGAGCUUCCUGCUGGGCUUCUUCUGCUGCUUUGUGGGGUGCGAUCUCUGCUGCUGCCUCAUCCCCUGUCUGUUCGAUGACUUCAAGGAUGUGACACACACGUGUCCCAACUGCAAGGCCUAUAUCUACACGUACAAGCGCAUGUGCUAACAGCACCCCGGGAGCCUGAGCCACUGGAAUGACACCGGCCCCUCUCCCACUGCCGUCCUAAUCCACGCGUGUGCAGCACUCCUUUGCUUACCCUUGGUGGUGUGUAUGUGUGUCCCUUCCCUCCCUCUCGCUCCAGGCUGUGACUGCUUCCCCAAGCUCCGCUCCUCGCUGUGAACGGUCAGACUGGGGACGUGGUGUGGAUGCACGGGGCUGAGCCCCAGGUGCUGCGUGCAGGGCUCCCUCUGACAGCUGCUCUGCAGCACAGAGGAGCAGGGCUGUCCUUUGGCACCUCUUGCUCGAGGACAUCAGCACAGCUCCUCUUGCCUGGAGCAAGCUGGGGAUGAGCAGCAGCUGCUGGAGUGCCCACCCCUCACUGCAGCCCACUGGACAUGGUGGGGUGGGGGGAGCAUGGAUAUGCUGCCCCGCUUGCUGUUCUGAGGGGAUGGGGGAAGCAAGAGCAGCUGGUAGAGCACACUGCAGAUGCAGCACGGCCACUGCAUUCAAUUGCAGUCCUUUUAGGAAGUGGCCUGGUGGAGGUUUGGCAUUGAGGAGACAAAGCAGUCAGUGCCAGGUUCCACCUGGCUCAGGGCUCUCUCCAGCCAGGUCAGUAGAACCUAUAGGCAACGUGUCCCAGGUAGAGGCAAAUGGAGCCGCCUUCAAGGCACAGCCAGGGAAAGGGCUGCAGCACAGCACCCUCAACCAGCCCAUCCAUCCUGGUAGGGAAGCCCCAGUGCCUGGUGUCCGCUGCUGCUCCAGCUGCAUGCACCUCCUCCCAGCCCUGCUGCAGGUGUUUCAGGGGAGGAAAGCCCCUGGCUGUUUCUCACCCACCUGGUAAGCUAUUAGCAGAAGUGCAUCCAGCAUGUUGCUACCUGCCCCGGCGCUGUAGAAUAGGGGACUUUGUUACCUGACUGCAGCUGGCUCCCAGCUCUGGAGCAGAUCCCUACCCACUUGCUGCAGAGCUGCACCCCACCCUAAGCCCAGCAGGGUCUGUGGGCACCACAGCAGCACCCACCCUGCUGUCACCACAGGCGCAUCCUGUGGGGUUCCUUGUUGCAUGUGGGUGUAGGGGUUUACUUUUAGCUCACUUUACACGGGGCAGAAAGAUGGGGGCAAGCAGCAACACAAGCUGCCAGCAGCACUGUGACAGACAAGGGCCGGAGGACCUGAGAGCCAGUCUCAAUUUCUGUGGGCACACCUCAUGCUGGUUCCCCCUGCUCUCACCUCCUGCAGUCAGGGCAGCAGAGGUGUGCAGCCCCCAGAACUGAGCAGAGGGGCUUCUCGGGGAGCAUGUCUGCAAACAGCCUGGCCUGCACAGGCAGCUGCUGUUUGCUCAGAGGUGGAACUGUGACACUCGUCCCAGUAUUUGUACGUAAAUAAACAUAAGACCCUGA